AUGGCAGUUAUGUACACAACAAUGAUUCUGUUAACACUUGGACUUCGUGCAGCAACCUAUAAUAUAUGCCCGGAAAACUCCGUUAACAGUACUCACGGUGCUUUUGGUGUAACCAAUUACGUUCAAAAAGGCGUGUGGCACCAAGUACCCUGCCCGUCCUUUCGUCCCGAUGAGGCUAUCAGUCGGGUCAUUUGGUACAAACAGGACAGUCCCACGACUCCUGAGCAAACGUUGAUCACGCACAAACGUAACGCAGACUACCCGGAGAGCGACAGGUACGCGUUCGGGACGUCUGGUUUCAGCCUCGUCAUUAAAGGUGUCGAAGAGAGUGAUGGAGGAAGGUAUCUCUGUCAAAUCUUACCACGUGACACAAUAUCUCGACUUGAAGAAAUCAGCAUCCAAGCUAUAGGUGACACCUUUCCAGGAGGCAGUAGUCAGGUAUCUUCCACUGCUAGUUUCCAGCGAGGUCGCAGACAGACGCUACCGUGUGAGUGCGCGUCACAGACACCAGACGUAGUGUAUUGGUCAACGGGAGAGGGCGUCACUACAGAUACACAGAUCAUUGGUGCGCGUUUCUCUGAUGGUGCCACCCUGCAGAUCCAACAUGGCGCCGAUUACAGCAUUGGUAGCGACGCUUCACUUACAGUCAACUCCCUGAAUGACGUACAAGAUACACAGAGAUUCUGGUGUCACGUGUUCCAGUCAGACGGUACUCUUAGAAAUUGUGACACCAAUGUUCAGAUAUCAGUAGAUGAGAUGGAAUCAGCUAGUGAUGCACUGAAGGCAUCAGAAAGAUCUUUCUACCUGCGAAGUGACACACAGCAGAUACUCCCUUGCCUGAGCUGGACACCUGGCGACACAACUUGUGAGGUGGAGUGGAGUAAGCUCGACAACCCAGAUCGACAAGUCCUCAGUUACAACCUGUCGACUGGUGUCGUCGUUUCUAGUCCUAAAUUCGAUCUCGCAAGUGACUUUGGUUUGGUGAUUCAGUCAGUUGAUGAUGACCAUGCUGGAGUGUAUCGAUGUGCUGUGGGAGAUGAAAACCAGAUUGAUGUCGAAGUCCGAGUGAUAGGUAGGUGUUUGGAUUGA